AUGUCAUCCACUCCAUCAACAGCCCAAUACGAUGCCAUCGGCUCUCGCUACGCUGCUAUCAAAAACCAGCCAGGCUCCUCUUUCGAACUAGCAGCCAUCCAGACACACAUUGGAAAUAUCACCGGUCUCCGCAUCCUCGACCUCGCUUGCGGCACCGGAUAUUACACACAAAAGCUCUUGGAGUGGGGCGCGGAACGCGUAGUGGGUAUUGAUAUUUCUCCGGCGAUGAUAGCAUCCGCACGCAUUCAAUGCGGAGGAGGAGGAGACGCGGAUACAAACAGCGAUAAUCCGAAAAUUGCUUUCCGCGUCGCAGAUUGCAGCACGCCGCUCGAGAAUCUCGGCGAGAAAUUCCAUCUCGUGCUCGCCGUCUGGUUGCUGAACUAUGCGUCUGGGCGACGGGAACUCGGAGCCAUGUGGCGCAAUAUUUGUGCGCAUCUAGAGCCCGGUGGGAGGUGUGUAGGGAUCGUGCCGAAUUUUGAGAGUUUGCGUGAGGGGAGCGGUGGGGGGGGUCGCGGUAUGGUGUUUCGAGGAAAAUCGUGUGUAGGGUGGAGGGGGGUGCGAAGGUGA